AUGUAUCACAGUGGAAUUGGUAUUCCAUUUGUACAAUUUUUACAUGGCUCGCGGUAUUCCUUUCCCUACGUGACUUUUGUUGAUUCAUCCGAAUUUCUGAGGGGGAAGUGUGUUCUAUGCAUUGCUGUAUGCCUCUAUCCAUGGGUCCGAGCUGAACCGUAUUUUCAUCCGUGGAUUCCUUACAUAGUGCGUGUAAGUUCGUUCCGCUAUAUUCUCAUAGAGGAUACUGAUACGAUUGACGCGUAUCUCGCAACAAAACCACUGACGGGCGUCCUUAACGCAUCAUGGAAGAUGGCGUGGUUUUGGGACAACGUAAGGAGACAGGAGUUUGUGAAGGUAGAUGGCAUAUCGUCAAUGCAUGUUUCGACAUGCUAUUACCCUGGUGGGUGUGGAGUGGAUGAGGGAGGGAGGUACUAUAUGUGCCAAAAUACCUACGGGAUGCCGUGGGACCCUGUAGAAUCAUGUGAAGCUAACUGGUGGCAAACAUUGAUCAUCGACCUCAUAAGAGAUGACAAAACCAUGAAGAAGGCUGACAGAGAAGAUUACGCGGGAUUCUGUAAAGGCGGAUUCCCCCAAACAUCAAACCCAUCCGAAAAUUCCAACAUUUGAGAACGAUUUGAGUUUUAAUUUUUUUCUGCUUGCUGAUAUGAUGAUUUUCUAGUCCAGUUGCAAAUUUUCUUGGGUAAUUAGAAAUUACUUUUGAAGAGGUUUUAAUCGUAGAUAUGAGAUUCCAUAUGAUUCUUUGUGUUAAUAUGAAAACUCCAGUGAUUUUGAGAACUCUUUGUUUAAUUAUCAUGUUGUUAUGAUAAUUUUCG